AUAUGUGCGAGCUUGAGGCACCAGCGCCUGUCGAGUUUGAUUACUCGGCGUUGGCAGGCGAGCUCGUGCGCAAACAGCAGGGACUGGACACGACCAUCGACCUGAUGUCUGCGCAGUUACAAUGGGCACUGGAGUGCAAGAUCGCAUUUAGAAACAUGCCGAAAAGCUUAGUCGAGGCUGCAAACUACUAUGCGAAGAUCCAGCUGUGUCCAGAUCAGCAUGGCGACGUGUUUGGCGCAGUUCAACGCCGUGCUUUAGAUAAGCACGCUGUGGUGUUCGACUCUGCGAUGGACCUCAUGUUGGCAGAUAGGAUUGCGCAACUGAGGGCUUCAGGACAGUUCUAUGGCGCUGGUUUCACUACCGACGAAUCGCCCCCAGAAGCUCCGCGAUUUCGAGGACUGCGCUUCCAGAUAACCCACAUUUAUUUCUGCACGUUCCCGCCCGCUGAGGAAUGGGCACAGGCAAAGUACGAUGCAAAGCACCCGAUUCAAGUCACCAAACGUCUUCUCGACAUCAUGCACUGCCCGAAAAAGGACGGGCAGUCUGUGCUCAAUGUCCUUGAGAAGCAAUGGGAGACUGUUGGGAUGAAUCGUUAUGAUUUCUUUUCUGGUUCUGGCGACGGCGGUGGAGAGAACGAGGGCGCGGGUGGAAUCCACGCUACAAUGGAGGAUGUCAGUCACUCUUACGUGCGCCGCCGAUGCCUGGGCCACUGGGGCUGGAGAAACGCUGGUGCUGCAAUGAGCGAGGACGAAAAGCUGGUAUCUGAAGUUCAG